GAUCGAUAGCUUGCUAAGCCUUAAAUAUCCGGGGCAUCUCGUUCGACCCUUGCGCAUAAAUGUCGAGGCUCCAUACGAAACCGUGAAACCCCUUCCUCCUCGCUAAUUAGCUAUUGGUCUUCUGUACCAUGUCUCAGAUCGAUCCCGAUUUUGCAUCUAUCAAAAUAAUCGCUACGCAGUAUUCUGAUUCCUGGUUCAACGAAGUUAUCAUCGAGUCCCUAACCCAUGGAAUGUACACAGCAUUACUUGCCGUUGUAACACAGCGGAUUCUGUCAAGCACAACUACCCGUAGACGGCAGGUGAAGGUCCUCGCUGGCAUCUCGGUGUUUAUGUACAUCAUGGCGACGAUGCACCUUGCCAUGACGUGGAUCUAUACCAGAUGGGCAUUCAUAACCAAGGGAGAGACAGAAGAAACGAGGUACUUCGCCCUCAUGAACCCCAUGUGGGCCUUGACGAUCAGCGAUAUCGUGGCAGGUAUCAACAUAUUUACCACGGAUGGUGUUACCAUUUGGAGGUGCUGGAUUAUCUGGGAAAGAAACUGGAGGGUCGUCAUCCUUCCUUGCAUAUGCACCAUGUGCGGAUUGAUCUUUGGUAUUUUAUACUUCCUUCAGCUUCUGGAACCAUCACUUCAUUCGCAAGAAAAUUCUUCGGGGAGAACCUCCAUCCGCUGGGGAUUAGCGUAUUACAUUAUGGCACUCCCUACAACGAUCAUCUGUACUACGCUCAUCGUGUACCGCUUGGUUAAGGCGAUCAAGUCUAAGAGUUCCCCGCACUUCAUGCCCAACCUGUACCAUCACGUCAUAGAGAUCUUGGUAGAAUCAUCCGCACUGUAUGUCGUUGUCCUGGCGGUCUUCAUCGUGUUCGAUUGGAAGAAUACUCCUUAUAGCAUGUAUCCGGGAGCGGUGAGGGAUUUUGGGCAGGGAAUCGCACCGGCGUUGAUACUUCUUCGUGUUGUAUCUAGGAACAUGGAUACGGGUCCGUCUAGGGAUGAUAUGCAUCCGCUGCAUUUACAGUGCCUACCGAGAUCGGAAAGGGAAGGCAGUGAAGCGGUUGCGGGUGAUAGUGAUGUGAUGCUCAUUGGUCCGGAAAAGACGGCGGAAGUGGUAUGAGCGGUGUGCGAUCGUCAUCUUGGAGAUGAUUAGAGAGGUGGAAAUAAUAGUUGGUACCUUACCGGUUCCAUCCACCCAUAAUAUCCCAGUUCUCGGAGCACCUAUUUCUGUUCUAUACGUUGUCUUGUGCCGUAGCAUAACACAAAGUACCGGAAGUAUGAAAUGGGAUUUGUUGAGAUUCGAGCACGGGAGGGAACGAAAAUGAGCAACUCGUUUAUACCUAGUAUGUCGACAUGGUGGUAAACGGUAAAGAGAAG